GCCUUUACCCGAUUGGCCAAUGUGUCACCUCGGAGGUUCUGGGCUGCGCUCUUUUGCUCAAUCAAAGACGUAGUCCAUUCCUAUUCUUCCAAAUCGCCGCCAACGCCUGUCUUUAUCACAGCAGAUUUCUCGUCCGGUUCUCUUGGACAGUUUGACACUGUGCAAGAUGAGCUCGUCCAGCAUGCUUCGGAGCCUGGCUCCCACCAGCAAGUUUUCUCGAGCUCUCAAACCGACAAAAAGGCAAUUCUCUUCGACGAGUCCUGUCGCCCGUGUUGUCGCCUCCCAGCCUCUACGCGCAAAAGAAGCCUCGCCCUUUGCGAGCAAGUCAUACCCAGUUAUCGACCACCAGUACGAUGCGGUAGUAGUUGGAGCUGGAGGUGCAGGUCUAAGAGCUGCCUUUGGCCUUGCAGAAGCCGGGUUCAACACUGCCUGCGUAACAAAAUUGUUCCCCACGAGAAGUCACACUGUGGCGGCACAGGGCGGUAUCAAUGCUGCUCUGGGUAAUAUGCACGAAGACGACUGGAGGUGGCACAUGUACGAUACCGUAAAAGGAUCGGAUUGGCUAGGUGAUCAAGAUGCCAUUCAUUAUAUGACACGCGAAGCGCCCAGAUCAGUCAUCGAACUCGAAAGCUACGGAUGCCCAUUCUCCCGAACCGAAGACGGCCGAAUAUACCAGAGAGCUUUUGGCGGUCAAUCACAGAAAUUUGGAAAAGGUGGACAAGCGUACAGAUGUUGUGCAGCUGCCGACAGAACCGGUCACGCCCUCCUCCACACACUCUACGGUCAAUCCCUCCAUUACAACACCAACUACUUUAUUGAGUACUUUGCCCUCGAUUUGAUCAUGGAAGGCGGCGAGUGCAAGGGUAUCCUCGCAUAUAACCAGGAGGAUGGUACACUUCACCGAUUCCUGGCCAAGAACACCGUUUUGGCCACCGGUGGUUACGGUCGCGCAUACUUCAGCUGUACCUCCGCGCAUACUUGCACUGGAGACGGUAUGGCCAUGGUUGCUCGCGCAGGUCUUCCCAACCAGGAUCUGGAAUUCGUUCAAUUCCAUCCAACUGGUAUCUAUGGUGCUGGCUGUCUCAUCACUGAAGGUUCUCGAGGUGAAGGUGGUUAUCUACUGAAUUCGGAGGGUGAACGAUUCAUGGAACGUUAUGCCCCUACUGCUAAGGAUUUGGCCUCCCGAGACGUCGUGUCACGAUCAAUGACGAUGGAAAUCCGCGAAGGUCGUGGCGUUGGUCCUGACAAGGACCACAUUUACCUGCAGCUGAGCCAUUUGCCACCCGAGAUUCUCCACGAACGACUACCUGGUAUCUCCGAGACUGCUUCCAUCUUCGCCGGUGUCGAUGUUACCAAGCAACCUAUUCCCGUCCUGCCUACUGUCCACUACAACAUGGGUGGUAUCCCUACCAAAUACACUGGCGAAGUCCUUCGUAUCAGUGACAAGGGUGAGGAUGAGGUGGUUCCUGGAUUGUUUGCCUGCGGUGAAGCUGCUUGUGUCUCUGUCCAUGGAGCUAACCGGUUGGGUGCCAACUCCCUUCUCGACUUGAUUGUCUUUGGACGAGCCGUUUCUCACACCAUCCGAGACAACUUCACACCUGGUGAAAGCCAGCAGGAGAUCGCCGCCGAUGCUGCUGCAGAUUCGAUCAACGUCCUCGACAAGGUCCGCAACUCCGAUGGCCCCAAGAGCACCGCCGAAAUUCGAGCCGCUAUGCAGAAGGUCAUGCAGACCGAUGUCAGUGUCUUCCGAACACAAGAAUCUUUGGACGAGGGUGUCAAGAGAAUCAACGAUGUAGACAAACAGUUUGACGACGUUGGCAUCAAGGACAGAAGCAUGAUCUGGAACUCGGAUCUUGUUGAGACUCUUGAGCUGAGAAACUUGUUGACCUGCGCUACCCAAACUGCUGCUUCUGCUGCGAACCGAACGGAGUCUCGUGGUGCACACGCACGUGAGGACUUCCCGGAGCGAGAUGACGAGAACUGGAUGAAGCACACACUCUCAUGGCAGAAGUCGCCGCAAGGGAAGGUCGAACUUGGUUACCGAUCUGUGGUCGGCCACACUUUGGAUGAGAGCGAAUGCAAGGCCGUUCCUCCUUUCAAGCGAACUUAUUAAACAUGGACUGGCAAGCGAAGGUGUGAUGCGGGUUUGGCUUGUAUUUUGACGGCUAGUUUAUACCAUGACAGAAACACAAUGUAAAAAACCUCUUGAUAAACCU